UAAUAUUUUUAGUUACUAUAUAUGCAGACGAUUUAAUAUCGUCAGUUAUCGAAUACGAAAGAUAAUUGAGGAUCUGAGUAUGCCCAAUCUGCCUAAGAUAGACUUGAAACUUACAGACAUACAUCGAAUAGUGGACAUUCAUUGCCAUGCUCUCGAGCAUAUCAAUAUAGCCUCAAAUAAUGCAGCGACACAAUAUCUGGUGGCAAUUGUUGUAUGCAUAUUCUCAUUCUCUAUAAAUCUUUAUCGCCUAUAUAACGCAAUAAUAACUAUGGACAAUAGAAUAGAAAUCAUCGGUUGUAUUCUUAUAGUUAUGUAUCAUUUAAUGAUCGCAUUUUACAAUAAUCAUUGCGGACAAUUAAUAAUUGAUAGUAAUCUUGGCAUAUUUAACGAAUUGUAAGUUCGAAUAAUUUUUAUAUUAUUACUUACAUCUUUAUCGUUUAAUUUAGAUAAUUCAUAUUUUAUUAAUAUAUAAUAUUAAAAAUAUAACGAUAUUGCUGGAAUAUAUUAAAUGAUAGAAUGAUUUGCAGAUAUGCUUCUAAAUGGUAUCGCAUUCCUUUAAAAGCGCAAAAACUAUUAUUGUUUAUAAUAUUGAGAAGUUCAAUGAAUUGUGAAUUAUCUCUUUCUGGUUUAUUCACUCCAUCUUAUGCAG